GUGAAAUGCGGCACAUCCGGCGCUGCCGUCGUUUUUUUCCCGACAGAUGAAAACGUCAGUGUUGGCUGCUAAUGCCGGGCUGAUUCCUGCAACAAUCAGCAAGAUGUUUGGCAUCCUACUGCCUGUUUCCAAUCAAUACGGAUCAAACUGUUAGCGUUUACUGUAUCUGUAGGUAGCCAAAGCCCAUUUUGUAUUACUAUACCCUUUUUGGAUCUCUAAUUUUCAGCAGAAGAAAAUGAACGGCUUAUCCAUCAGCGAGUUGUGUGGCUUGUUCUGUUGCCCGCCUUGUCCGAGCCGGAUUGCAGCGAAGCUGGCCUUCCUGCCCCCAGAGCCCACCUACGCUCUUCUGCCAGACCUGGAGUCCACCUCACCUGUGACCUCUAACCUUGGAGCUUCAGGUUUGCGCUCCCGUUUGGGAGGAGGAGGAGGAGGAGGAGGAGGAGAAGAAGGAGAAGGAGGCGGAGGAGGAGGAGGAGGAGGAGGUGGUGGUUUUGGUGACGGGAGUGGAGAAGGUCGAUGGAAGCUGCACCUCUCUGAGCGAGCGGAGUUCCAGUACUCCCAGAGGGAGCUGGAUGGAACCGAGGUCUUCCUCACUCACUCCAGCCGUGGCAACAGAGUGGGAUGCAUGUACAUCCGCUGUGCCCCAUCCGCAAGGUACACUGUGCUCUUCUCUCACGGUAACGCUGUGGAUCUCGGUCAGAUGAGCAGCUUCUACAUCGGUCUGGGCACUCGUAUCAAUUGCAACAUCUUCUCUUAUGAUUACUCUGGUUAUGGGGUCAGUACAGGGAAACCCUCGGAGAAGAAUCUGUAUGCAGACAUAGAUGCUGCAUGGCACGCUUUGCGCUCAAGGUAUGGCAUCAGCCCUGAGAAUAUAAUUCUUUACGGGCAGAGCAUUGGUACCGUGCCCACCGUGGACCUGGCGUCCCGUUAUGAGUGUGCUGCCGUGGUACUUCACUCACCCCUCACCUCAGGAAUGAGGGUGGCAUUCCCUGACACCAAGAAGACGUACUGCUUUGACGCCUUCCCGAACAUUGAGAAGGUGUCUAAAAUCACAUCUCCAGUGCUGAUCAUCCACGGGACAGAGGAUGAAGUCAUUGAUUUCUCUCAUGGUCUGGCCUUGUUUGAGCGCUGCCCAAAGGCCGUGGAGCCGUUGUGGGUGGAAGGAGCCGGGCACAACGACAUCGAGCUCUACAGCCAGUACCUGGAACGCCUGCGCCGAUUCAUCAGCCAGGAAGUGGCUGCGCAGUAAACGCACCGUUCAUUGUGCUCGCGUCAAUAAAUGGUUGACGUAUAUGGAAAGCAAACAAACAGAAUCUGGUUCUGGAGGGUGUUUUUCUUCUGUAAACUUUCAGCUUUCACAUUUCUAUCAGCCUGGAGGUGAGUUUUCUACUGAGAAGACCCCUCAACUUAACACCGAAAAGAUCUGAAUGUGUGAGCGUCGGUCUCAGGACCUCAGUACGUCUGAGGCACUCGCAGUUGAUUUGGCUUGUGAUUGUGACCAGGACAAAUUAAAUGUCAUUUGAACAGGACUAAUAUCCAAUAUCUCUUGAUGAAGCCCUUAUCUCCUGGGUGUUUAUGUACUUUCUCUUUUGUUAGGUCUUGUGGGUAAGUAUAUGACCAGUAUGUUUUAAAAUACAGCAUCAUCAAUUUCAGACAAGAACUCUCUGCUGGACAGUGUGUGUGU